CAUAAAAACGCGAGGAGGCGGGCCCGUGCUCGGUGGCGCAAGCAGCGACGGUGUUAUUAUGUUAUCUGCGGGAGUUAAGGGCAACAUGGCGGUGCAGAAAGCGGUCUGCUUGCUGACGGCCGACCCGGCCACCGGGAGCAAUGUCUGCGGUGUCGUUCGCUUCGAGCAGCAGGGUGAUGGAGAAGUGCGUGUUGCAGGCCAACUUCAGGGAUUGACUAUAGGAAAGCAUGGAUUCCAUGUCCAUGAAUUUGGAGACAACACAAAUGGAUGUACCAGUGCUGGUGCUCACUUCAAUCCUGAGAAUCAAACACAUGGCGGGCCGCAAGAUGAAGUGAGGCAUGUUGGUGAUCUGGGAAAUGUGGAGGCAAAUGGCUCUGGUGUGGCAGACGUGGACAUAACCGACUGUGUUAUUUCUCUCUCGGGGCCACAUUCAGUUAUCGGACGUACUCUGGUGGUUCAUGCAAAACCGGAUGAUCUGGGCAGAGGAGGAAAUGAUGAGAGCUUGAAAACUGGAAAUGCUGGUGCUCGCCUAGCUUGCGGUGUGAUUGGACUGGCUAAGGCCUAGAUGCGCCAAAAGGAGCACUGUAUACUAAAAAGCAAUAUGUCAUAUGUAUUUGUGGAAUUCUUCAAUUAUCUGGCUUUAUUUAGGGUAUAAAAGCAACCAGCUAAUGCUAUAGCUCUGUUAAGCUGAAUGUAAACUGACACGUCUUAUUUUGUACACCUGUAAUUAAAGGCAUUAUGAAACACCA